AGCUCAGACAGAGUGUUGAACCGCAUCGGCAGUUUAUUUUCCAUAAAGAAGAAGAAGAGCCAGAGCGGUUCACUCUCAGCAGACUCAGAGGAUGGAUCCUGGCUAGGUCCUGGCUCUCCCGUCUCCCCCCAGUCCCCUGGUUCUCCUCUCUCCCCCCACCAACCACCAGAGGAAGACUGGCUAAGGACCCCCACUACUACCCGGAGAGAGGGUGAGGUAGUUGAAGCUGGAGCUGGGCCAGUGCGGGGAAGUUUGCCGGAGCUCCAGGCGGAGGGAUCGGUGUUCAGUACCAGCUCCAGCCCUAGUACCUCCAGCCUAGCCUCUCUGGUGGUGGUGGACCGAGGGGACCUGCUGUUUGCAGGCAGCGACAGCAGUGGCUGUGGCAGCGUGAGGGAAGUGCAGGUGUGCAGGGUGAGCCGGGCCGAGGCAGAGUCAGACGGAGAGGCAGACAGGAAUUAUUGGAAUCUGACUCCCACAAACCCGUCCUCCACCAGAGCAGACCAAGUCCCAGAGCUCAGCCCCACUGAGGACGUAGUAGGAGAGGUGAGCAGGAGGCUGCAGGUACAUCUGGAACAAACCACUGUGAAAGAAGGCGAAGGGUCGGGAGGGGGCAGCCAAGUGGUCCAAACCACCCUCAGGUCGUUUGAGCUCUCCCAAUCUCACCUUAAGACUGACGUCAGCUCUCUGGUCACAGAGUCUAAAAAGACCUCCCUGAAAACAUAUGUUGGAGGGAAGGGGAGUUACCUGGUGGGAGUGACUGUAGGCUCUCAGUCCUGCACCCCGUCCUCCUCAGAUCCCCAGCCAGAGGGGGAGGACAGCCCAGCCAUGGGAAAGAAGAACAGGAGGAGGGCUCUGAAAUCCACCAGCAGCAGCUCGGCUGAAACAGCUCCCCCCACACAGACCACGUUACCUGGGGGAGAGGAGGGGACGACGCAGGACUCACCUGUGAAGCUACACAAAGCCUUGUGGGUGGAAACACACCUGAGAGAAGAGGAGGGGGAGAGGGAGAGUGCAGACUCGCAUCCAGUCAUGGCCAUACCUGUGACUGUGGCCCCUGUGGAGUACCCUGAUACUGCAGCAGUAUCAGCAGCAGCAGCCGGUGGCAGAGAGCCAAAUCCAGAGCUGGCUGUAUCCACAGCACCAGCCUUCAGGGAGUCCAAAACAACAAACACAGCCCAGCCAGAGUCAAACAGUCCAGGCACAGACUCAGAGAGCAGCUCAGAGAGCAAAGAGGAGAGCAAAGAGGAAAAGCGCAGGAGUGUGAAACUGUCUCAAAGUGAGAAGCUUUUCCCUAAGAAGGUGUAUGUGAGCCCUAAGGCCAGUUUUGAUGGGGACGAGCAGACAAAGACAGAGCUGGAAAACAAUGACAUCAUAGACUUGGCUUCAAAGAUUCCUCAGAAGUCGGAGGUGAAACUGUAAGUGUCUUUAUUUCAAAUGUUGAGAGAGAGAGAGAGAGAGAGAGAGGAGAGAGAGGAGAGAGAGAGAGAGAGAGAGAGAGAGAGAAGAGAGAGAGAGAGAGAGAGAGAGAGAGAGAGACGAGAGAGAGAGAGAGAGAGAGAGAUAGAUAUCUAGAGAUCAUCGCUAUAGAUAGCUCUCUCUCGCUAUAUCUCUCUAUCUCUCUCUCUCUCUCUCUCUCUCUCUCUCUCUCUCUCUCUCUCUCUCCUCUCGCCUCCUUCUCUUCUCUUCUCUCUCUCUCUCUCUCUCUCUCUUCACUCAACCCGCGACUCUGAGUCACAUCACAACAGCAGUUCUUGGUACAGCUGAAAAUGUCACCUACAUUACAAAUACUUUACUUGGACUACAUGAUUACUGAUAGGACUACUGUAGGCCAUCCUGAAUGAUGACUCAUGGCAGAAGUAACUAGUCAAUUUGUUUGACUAAAGGGUUUAAUGAAUAGACUCAGUACAAUGCUGAUAAAAGUAAGGCACACCAUUCUGAUAUCCACAUAUCUUUCAGAUGUAGUAAUGCCACAAGGCAUGUUUUUUGUUGUAUCAUAUGAAUGUGAUAUAGCCUGUUUUUAGAUUAAAACAUAUAGCUUAAUGGAAGCAAAUUAGAAAAUGCUUGGAAUUCAUACAAGACUCUUGAUGGAUUAAUUGUUCUACUGAUACUUGAGGGGAUGUUCUCCAUUGCUGGAAGUUUUAAGUGAGAGCAGUUUUUCACAAUCUGUUUGGUCAAGCUACUCAGAGCAGAAAUAUUUAUUUCAGUUUCACUUUGCAUGUAUUGCUAAUGGCUGUUUUUCCUUAUCUGAAUAAUGUGUUUAUUUGGUUUUAUAGUGGUUGGUAUAAAUUAAGUAGCAUAUCAAUGCAGUUAAACAACAACACCUGUUUGUGGUGACAGGUUUGUUCUGCACACUAAUUUAUUUUACCCUCCUGUCCUCAAAGUUAAUCACUAUUUUUCUCUCUUCUCUAAACAGCCUGCCAAGCCUCAAAAAAGUGAAUGUAGACCUCAAGGAACCAAACAAUGACUAUGUCAUCACUGCUGGAGAGAUAACUGAGGGUACAGACUCUGAUCGAAGACACCAUGACCCCAAGGCUGUAGACAGUUCCCCAACGACCCCAACCCCAGAGCUGGAUGAGGCCUCUCCAACCACAACCAUGCCAGGAUGUAAAAUACAGCCCAACACAGGGGGGUCAAGGGUUAGAGGUCAGGGGACACCACAGGUCACCCAGUCUAAACCAGGGACAACCCAGGUCUCCCAGUCUAAACCAGGGACAACCCAGGUCUCCCAGUCUAAACCAGGGGACAAAGUAGGAAAUGUAGCCAGUCGGUCAAAGAACCCACCUCCUCCGGUUGGACCCAAGUCCAAAGCUGUCCUGGGCAUGGCUAAGGGAAAGGGUCUCAAAGAUGGUGGCAAGGCAGGGAUUUCUAGUGGGGCUCCAUCACAAAGGACAGAGGUUAUGUCACCUAAAUUAAAGGAUCAACCCACCGCAGGAAAAACAGAGGUCACCGACAGCCCCAAGUCGAGAAUCCCCAAAAAGUCACAGACAGAAGCUGCAUCAAAACCCCCACUGUCACCAGUCACAACCUCAGUGGUUGAUGUUUCAGUGGCUCUGUCUCCUCCUGUGUCUGGUUCCAAACCACAGAAGAUCCCUAAACCUAAACAUUUAAUGAUUAAAACAGACAAAAAGCCUAUCGCUGAGGAGGUGAAGGAAGUGGGUUCAGGGGGGAAACAAACUCCAGGGCCUGUUAAGUCAGAAGAGGUGUCACCUACUAAAGUACCAGUCUUGUCACCUGUGAAGUCCAGCAAAGAAAAGAGCAAAGAGAAUUCAGAUAAGGUAAACCUGGUCAAUGGGCUGGAGAAAGACCUUGAGGACAACACCACUGCCACAGCCAAAACAAGUGAACCCAAAGAUGUCAAAAAGCAAGCUCCAACAUGCCCAGACAGCACCAAAAGCAGCAUGAUACCAAAGAGCAGGUUACCCAAAUCCCCUGACAACUCAUUGUCUCCGGUCAGAAAGAUGAAAGAUGGCAAACCCCAAACCAUCGACACAGGCAGUAAAAAAAAAGAAAACACUGAGAGAGCAUCAGGUGUCAAUAGUAGGCCUUCCACACCAACCAGCCCAAAGCAGCAGGAGCUGCCCAGCCCAGAGGAAAGGCCCCCAGAUGAGAGACUGACCCCUGAACCUGAGAAGGGUAAGACAAACGUGACAUGCAUUUUGAACAUGGGAUAUUGAUAAGAUUCUGUCUGCUUAUUUAUAGCAUCUGUCUAGCUAACACGUUUUAGCUAUGUGUUUAGUAGUGGUAAUGUUUCAGAAUUAUCCAAUGGUUGAAUUUCUUUGAUGGACAAGAGGUAUUGUAAAUGUCACAUAUUUUAGAGAGAGGGAUAGCUCUCAUUUUGCAAUGCAUUGUGAAAACUAACCAACAAACCUCUAUACUAACUGUCUGAAUAACUAUAUUAUCACCAACAGGAAGAAAGCUGCCUUGCCCUUUGCAAAAACAUCUGCCCCAACAGGCCUCCAAUAAGAGCACUCCCUGUGACUAUGGGGACACACCCACCCCUCCCUCACUGGUACCAACCAAGCCAGAGAAACCUGCCUCCCUUGGACUUAAGAAGCAGAGUGAGGACAGGAGCAGUAGUAGUACACCUGAAACAAAACUGGAUGCAAAAUCGGAAAAUGCAAAAAAUAAAUCUCUAUCGGUCAAAACUACCUGUAUUACACAGGAACAACAAACCAAACCAUCCCCAGAUCUCUCAUCCGAGACAGAGAGUGACUGCAACUAUGUGGAAGCCUUAACCGAUACACCACUGCAGCAGAUGGGUCCUGUGAGCCCAGGUGUAGUCCUGAAGAAACGGCCACCUGAACCAAGCCCCAUUGUGUCUGCCUCAGGCAGACCUACCCAUGAGGAAGUAAUAUAUACAUCCAACAAGACUGAGUUGACUGAUCGCAUUCAUAUUGACACUGAGACCCAAGCUAAUCAGAAAAGUGAUGAGCAUAAUGAAAAUGCUUCUACAGCUUCAGAGAAGCUCUUACUUAGUGCUAGAGAAGGGAUAUCCAAUACAAAUCAGCCUGUGGAACACGGCCUGGAUGUAGCAAAGGACAGCUCACCCAAAAACGCCUCCACUGUGGUUGAAAGUGGAGAGAGUCAAGAUACGGCAAAACAGCCAACUCUCAUUGGCUCGGAGGAAAAAUCUAAGAAACUAGAUAAUGUUCAAACCCCAGAUAUAGUACCCAUUGGUAAUGGCAUAGUUUCUGAUAUAUCCAUAGUGUCUGGGAAAGAGACUGAAGUACAGAAAGGGGGAGAGCAAGUGAAGGUCACCGACGUUAUAACAGAGGCUGUGAUUGUUCAGAAACCAAUUGAAAAUGGUGAGGUCCAACUGAACAAAGAGCUUCCUUCACUGACACAGAAUUUGGCAGAUGCACAUAGCGGGCCACACAAAGAAUACAAAGAGGACAAACCGGGUGAGGCAGCAUCUAAGAGCACAGUUACUAAGAUGGAGGUAAAACAGGAAUCAAAGACCAUAACUACAAAAGCUCAGAAGGAGAAAGUGACAAAACAAGAAGAAAGACCCAGCGAAGGAGCCACUAAGAUAUUAGACACAAAACAGGACUCAAAAACCAUAAGCACAAAAGCUCAGGAGAAGAAGGUCUUAGUCCUCAAAGAACCCCCUAAAACUACAAAAGCAACCUCCAAGGCUGAGCUGCCUCUUCAGCCGCCAACUUCUCUGAAGCUCCCCUCUCCCCCUAAACCGCUCCAUCUGAAACAGGAAUCUCCAUCCAGCUGGCUGAAUGUGGAGCGCGGCUCCAAACGGGAGCAGAAGAGGGAGACCAAGAGGAGGCUGGACUGUUCAGCCAGCGAGGAUGAGAGUCUGGCUGAGACUGACAACGUGGAGGACUUCAUCAGGAGCAUUAAGGAACUGGGCACCCCCUUUCCCCUGGCUCCCAAGAGGCACCACGACCAUGCCAAGAACUCCUCGCCCCCCUUUGCCCUGCCCGCCAUCAAGGAGGACCGCUUCGAGAACCCUUUUGACGCUGAUGGCUUCCAGUUUGGCCUGAAAAAGAGGGUGAAGGAUAAAGAAACCCCGGCCAUGUUGAUGAAGAAACAGGCCUCAGACAGGGAGGAGAAGACACAGACAAGACGGGCUAAUGCAGAGGACAGCCUUCUCUUCAAAGCCCUCCAGUCUCCAUCUAGAGCCCGGAGAAAACCAGGAUGUCAAACAGACGGGAAAGAUGGCGAGGUGGAAAUGAAGGUAGAGUUGAAGAGGGAAGUAGAGAAGAAAGAGGAGCUCUGGGAAGAAACCGGGCAGAUCACGUCGCGGCUAGGAAGGUCGUCCCUACUCUCCAACCUGUUGAGCUCCCCCAGGACUUCCAGAAGGGACAAAGGGGAUCCUUCCUCCUCAGUCUCUAAUGGUGCUCCUCCCUCUCCUACCACCCAGGGCACAGUGCCAGAAAGGGCGGGUGGGAGAGGUAUGAAUCCGGGCCUGCGUAUGGGUGUGGUUGCAGCUGGUGAGUCAAUAAUCAGUCCCUCCUCACCACCUCCUCUCCCCUCGUUCACUGAGCUAAAGCUGCCAGAUACCCUGGAGCAAUAUCUCAGGAAAGAUAAAGGAUCUUCACAGAGUAGCGCUACACAGAGUACAAUGGCUAGCCCUGUAAUGGGCCUAGGUCAGGGUACUGGACUAAAGGGACUUACCUUAGGACUUCAUCCAGCCACCAACCACAUCACACAGGCCCCUCUGAUUGGUCUUCCUGCAGCCAACCCUAAGGUAAGAGUCUCAGACAAGACUGCAUGAAGCCAACUGACAGUUUGGGGUUUUGCAUCAUUACUGCACUGUAUGUAUCUAUGUUAUUUUAUUUAUCCAUCUAAAUUCUCUAUAGACAGGUACUUUGUACUAGAUUUAGAAAUGCUUUUUUUUCUAUAGAGACUAGAAGUACAUGAUUGAGACAUAUUGAGUCUCUCAUAUUCUCUCAGUACUGCUUUACUCCUGGAAACAGAGGAUUCACUUUUACAACUAAAUUAGUUUUGACCUGCAGGGCGUUGUUUUAUGGGCUGGGCAGAUACUUCAGAACCUGUUCACUUUGUACAGGCAUCUAAAGUAUCUCCAUGGCAACACGCCACUAAAUCACCUCUGGUCCAGCUUUGUCUUUUGGAAUGUUGAAAUGCAAUAAGUCCUAGACGUUUAUAGCUCUUAGAAACAAGUCAUGAAUUGUUUGCAAGUCAAGACAAGAAGAAGAGGCAUUCUUCAAAAUAAACGUUUAUAUACGCCUUUGCCAGAAUGACUCCAUUUUGCACAUACAUUUUAAUGCUCAGACCAGACACAUAAACAUGCAAAUAGGCCUACUUCUCUCACGUUGUUUUGUUUACAUGAGCCAUGAUUGCCAUUUUACUUUCUGCCCAGCAAGCAGUAGGUUUGUAGACCAAUGUUGGUUUGUUCUUAUACACUAAUGUACAAUACAUAGCAUGUAAGCUGCUAACUAUUGAUGUUCUUAAGCUGAAAAAUGUAUAACUGGUAGUCUUUUGUUGAGUUAAUUUUAUCUGUAGGCAGUCUAGAGUUCUGCCGGGAGUACAGGAAAUACACAGGAUACUUCUGCUUUUCCACCCCCAGUCCCUCAGAAGAAAAUGAAAGACGGCAUGCUUUCUUUUCCUUUUCAGAUUCCAGAAGCGAGAGGGUUCCACAAACGGCCUGGGAAGGUACGAUUGACCUUACAUUCAAAACAAAAUACUGUCUCCACCAUCCAGUGUUUUAUAGUAACACGAUAUGAUGCAAGGUCUACAAGUAGUUGUGUGUUGGGGAGUUCUACAUUAUUUAUUCUCAAAUACUUUUGAUAUUUUAUGGUGAUAAUCUGAAAAUAUAUUUCAUGAAACAACAUCUGCAGUAUUCAACUCAGUCUAUUGUAUCAGAAAUUGCAAGAGACCAUGAUACAAUCACCAAGUGUCACAUGUUGUAAUGACCAUGAGAUAUACUUACUGUAAAUCUCUACAUCCUGUUGUAGAUAGUGCUCCAUGAGCAGGCUCAGUUUGGAGGAGAGGCCUACGAGGUGUUUGGGGAUGUGGAGGAUGCCUCCAUGAUGAAGCUGUCUCCUGUCAUCUCAGUCAGGGUCAUCAGGGGAUGGUAAGACUGUUUGUCGGGAUUGUCACUAGUUACCACAGCCACAAAGUAAAAAUGGUCUAUAUAAUAAUUUCUGGGUUGUUGCUUUUUGGUCUUAAUUUAAGGUAAGGCAUAAGGUUAGUAUUGUGGUUAAGGUUAGGUCAUAUUUUAAGAAAUAGGCAAUGACUUUGUGGCUGUGGUAACUAGUGACAACCGUUUGUCGGGGACAAACUUCAUUCCUCAUUCCCUCACUCUGUAUUCCAUCAAUAAAUGCUUUAUUUCAUACAAAUCUUCCAUUGUUAACUUGUCACAAUCCUGUAUGACAGUAUUAAUUGAUUCAUGACAGCAUGACAGCAACUCAACAUUUUUGGACUGUUAGGAACAUGCCUCUCAUUGUGUCAUCACGUCCUGUCCAUGUAGCUGGCUGCUGUAUGAGAAGCCAGGGUUCCAGGGGCGGACCAUCGCCCUGGAGGAGGGGCCCAUGGAGCUGGUCAACGUGUGGGCAGAGGAGGUGACACCAGGGGCACUGGAUCAGAUUGGUCUGCCUGUGCCAACCUCACCCAUGGUCAUCGGAUCUAUCCGCCUGGCAGUGAGGGACUACAGUCUACCUCGGAUUGACCUGUUCACUGAGGUGAAUGGUCUGGGGGGAAUGACAUCAUUCUGUGACGACACCAUCGAGAUCUGCUCUUACGGGAACAUACAGAACACCGGCUCCAUCAAGGUCCACUCUGGAGUGUAAGUUCUACCUUCAUUGUAGAUUCAAAUCUUAGUCCAGAAUUUGCUUCAUUAUUCAUUUCAAUUCAAUUCAAUAUACUAUACUCACCCCAGCAGGUUUGCUAUUUUUCAAAAGCGUGUUGAAAUGGAUGACACAGUAUGCAAACUAUAAUUUAGCAUUUUCACUCACUAUAGUGUGCAUGCGUUAUUGUUAGCAAUUCUUGUCAUGGAGGCUGGUCUUUCUUCACUUUCCUCAUUGGAAUGGCCUGCAUAGGCUUGUUGGAAUGACAUAAUCUGCUGUUAGGAGAUGUUAUCUCAGUCACACACACAUUGUUGUUUUUUGUAACAGUACAUUGGUGUUGCUACACUCUUAGAAAAAAAGGGUUCCAAAAGGGUUCUUCGACUGUCCCCAUAGGAGAACCCUUUUUGGUUCCAGGUAGAACCCUUUUGAGUUCCAUGUACCCUUUGUGGAAAGGGUUCUAAAUGGAACCCAAAGGGGUUCUACCUGGAACCAAAAAGGGUUCUUCAAAGGUUUAUCCUAUGGGAACAGCCUUUUAGGUUCUAGAUAGCACCUUUUUUUCUAAGGGUUCAUUUUAGACAUAGUUUAGUGAAUCUGCUCAUGUCUGUCUUCUUAGGUGUGUUCGAGAAUCAUAGUGCUAACGCCCUGAAAUUGUAUUUGGAUGUGUUUUAAAGUAAAUAUUUACAUGACAGCUGAAGAACAAGGGUGUGAUUUAGUGUCUUGUACAAGUGUCUAAUCUUUGUGUGUGUGUGUGGCCCUUGUCGUCAUCCCAUAGCUGGCUGGUGUAUGGUGACCCAGGGUUUGGGGGUCUCCUAACGGUGUUGGAGGUGGGAGAGUAUCCCUGUCCAGAAGCCUGGGCAUUCCCUCAGCCCUUCAUCGGAUCGCUGAAAACCCUCAAAAUGGUACCGGAUUAUUAUGUCAUUCUUACUUAUCUUUUUAAAAACACUUUCCCCUGACUGUAUAUUCUACUGUUUUAUCUCUAUGAUGUUAAAGGCCUGUGUGGUUUUCCGUCUCUUACAGGGUGGGAUAAAGGUGGAGCAUCCUAAUGAAGUAAAGGUAUGCUUCCCCUCUUUGAAUUAUUCAGUUGUAUAGCUAUUCCCAUGACCAUUCAUAUUUACAUCAGUGUUUAAGGAUAAAAAACAACAUACAGUCUGUGAAUGACAGUGGAAACUUUUAACAACCCCAAGCGCCUCUUACCACAAAACCUCAUAAUAUCCAAACGCUUGGCUUUUUUUCUGAAGACUAGCUGUGAUAUGAUGGGACGGCAUAUUAUUAUAGCACAGCUGUCAUCCUAAAUUUACAUUUUAGUCAUUUAGCAGACGCUCUUAUCCAGAGCGACUUACAUGAGCAAUUAGGGUUAAGUGCCUUGCUUAAGGGCACAUCGACAGAUUUUUCACCUAGUCUGCUCGGGGAUUAGAACCAGCGACCUUUCGGUUACUGGCACAACGCUCUUACCCACUAAGCUACCUGCCGCCCUAAUAACAUCUGUUCAUUGUGAAACAGACCUACAGGCCUGUUGUUGCAGGUGGAUUGGCUAGUGACUAGUGAGAGAACUAUGUGUGCCCCGGUAGCUCUAUGGGCACAUAGCACAAAAGUGUGUUGUCUCUGCAUGCUCUCUUUCUGUCUAACCCAGCAGUCAGCAGAAUGUGCUGUGGUUGCCAGUAGAGCUGUUUCUUUAGGACAUUCUGGCUGUCCGGAUGAGGGCUAAAAUAUAGAAAUAUGCAAGCGCAUUUCAUGGGUUUCAAGGGGCUGAUAAUGUAGUUGUUUGGCUCAAUAUCUGCUGAACAUUUGUUUAACCAUUAAAAUGCACAAUUGAUUGAUGGUUUAAGAAAAGUACCACCUAGCCCUCUGGGCUUAAUAUUGCACUGUCAGACAGACAGGCAGAGGCACGGGGCCUAGGGGGGGUGGAAUCUGUGGUAUGAGGAGCAUGUAGCCCUUGGAUGGGGACAGGUAUGGACAAGAGCACUCUGCCCACCUCAGCACAUCAGCCUCAACUUUAACCCCUUCUCUCCCCUUCAGGCUCUGGUGUACGAGAGGCCGUGCUUCGAGGGCGAGUGUGUGGAGAUUGACAAUGAUGUGUACAACUUCAGAGAGGAGGAAGAGGGGGGGGAGGAGGAGGAGGAGGAGGAGGAGGAGGCAGAAGUUAAUCCAGUCAGAAGGAAGACAUUGUGUUCUGUGGGAUCCAUCAAGAUCCUUCGUGGACUGUAAGUACUUGUGGUUGAUCUCAGCUGACAUACAGUAGGGGAUAGUAUUGUAAUGAAAUGACUCCUCCUCUGCCCAUAUUAACCUGCCAUAACACAGAUUAACGGUCUAUUAAUUUGAUACUGUAUUUGGUCAGAUCUAUUCUAACAUCACCCUAUGGGCUCUACUUUAACAAACCUAACGCAAUGGUAAAUCUAAGCGCAGGCGGUAGCGCUAUAGGUUCAGGGGUGUGUCAAAUAUUUUUGCUAUUUUCACUAUCACAAUUAUCGGCGCACUUGCUGAUGUUGGCACGAAAGGGCUGGGUUUUGAUGAAUAAACAAGUUGUGGGUGUGUCAAGGCUUGGCCCCUCACUUGGCAAUCAGAACGCGCUACAUGGCGAAAAAUGUGGUUGCUUCAAGUUGUGUACUUACAGUAUUUUAUGUAUUGCCUUGGAAUCAACUCCAAUUCCAAUGUUAAUCCGUUAUAGUUUGUUAAAUGGCUUACAGAAACGAAAUAACAAAAUGUAGACCUAUCUUUGCUAAAUACGUUAACUUGAACCCAUUUGCAGUCCACAUUGUUCUAAGUAAUCGCAUGGCUUCAAUAGCAUUCACACUGAUGUAGGGGCUAGGCCUACUGUAAAUUGCAUUAUGGCUGAGCAUGGACAUGCUAAACAUUGUCAAUAAGCAAGAUUAAAUAAAUUAUUGAUAAGGCCUAAAAAGAGAACAAAUCAUUAGAAUCAAAUUCUAAAUUAAACAACAACCUGUUUUAAUUGGGCUAUGUCACACUUACAGGCACCAACAUUUCUCCCCGUGGGCAUAUAAUAUUAAAACAAUGCCGACUAUGGAGGGUUUUAUGGCUCAUCCAAACUUUUCACAGUAGCUGGGCAAAGAUCCUAAAUAAAUAGAAAGGGUGAAUGUCCACUCACCGUUAUACUGCUUCCAAAUAGGCCUAUGUUUUAUUAACAUAAUCUGAACCAUUUUAGAGAUCAGAUCGCAUUCACACAUCUCCAGAAUUUGCAUUGCAUGCGCGCCACGGACAUUGUCACCAGAAAACCGGGAAAGGUGAAUCAUUCAAAUAAGUUUGGUUGUAAUAAAUGUAAACGAAAAACAAGCAACCCAAUUUGUUUUUUACAACAACAAUAAAUAAAUGUCAAAUGUAAUGAUGUCAUAAAAUCUCUAGGAUAAAAAAGACAGAUUGCUGUUGAACCAGCCUUCGUUAUAGUAGGCCUAAGGGAAGGCUUGGGUUUUGAACAUAUGAAACGGAAAACAAUAAAUUUUUACCGGUUACAGAUAACUUCUAAAUACGAGGUUCACUGGUAUUCACAGAGGUUCUCAUCUCUCGUUUCAUGAUGGGCAUGGACACGUAGCCUACAUCAUGGAGGGGGUUUUGCGCAUGUCCAAAACGGAACCUGCAUGGUUAAAAUAAUGUGGGCCUGCUUACAAUGCAUACAGUCGUGGUCAAAAGUUUUGAGAAUGACAAAAAUACAAUUUUUCACAAAGUCUGCUGCCUCAGUUUUGAUUAUGGCAAUUUGCAUAUACUCCAGAAAGUCAUGAAGAGUGAUCAGAUGAAUUGCAAUUAAUUGCAAAGUCCCUCUUUGCCAUGAAAAUGAACUUAUUCCCCAAAAAACUUUUCCACUGCAUUUCAGCCCUGCCACAAAAGGACCAGCUGCCAUCAUGUCAGUGAUUCUCUCGUUAACACAGGUGAGAGUGUUGACGAGGACAAGGCUGGAGAUCACUCUGUCAUGCUGAUUGAGUUAGAAUAACAGACUGGAAGCUUUAAAAGGAGGGUGUGCUUGAAAUCAUUGUUCUUCCUCUGUUAACCAUGGUUACCUGCAAGGAAACACGUGCCGUCAUCAUUGCUUUGCACAAAAAGGGCUUCACAGGCAAGGAUAUUGCUGCUAGUAAGAUUGUACCUAAAUCAACCAUUUAUCGGAUCAUCAAGAACUUCAAGGAGAGAGGUUCAAUUGUUGUGAAGAAGGCAUCAGGGCGCCCAAGAAAGUCCAGCAAGCGCCAGGACUGUCUCCUAAAGUUGAUUCAGCUGCGAGAUCGGGGCACCACCAGUGCAGAGCUUGCUCAGGAAUAGCAGCAGGCAGGUGUGAGUGCAUCUGCACGCACAGUGAGGCGAAGACUUUUGGAGGAUGGCCUGGUGUCAAGAAGGGCAGCAAAGAAGCCACUUCUCUCCAGGAAAAACAUCAGGAACAGACUGAUAUUAUGCAAAAGGUACAGGGAUUGGACUGCUGAGGACUGGGGUAAAGUAAUUUUCUCUGAUGAAUCCCCUUUCCGAUUGUUUGGGGCAUCCGGAAAACACCUUGUCCGGAGAAGACAAGGUGAGCGCUACCAUCAGUCCUGUGUCAUGCCAACAGUAAAGCAUCCUGAGACCAUUCAUGUGUGGGGUUGCUUCUCAGCCAAGGGAGUGGGCUCACUCACAAUUCUAUCUAAGAACACAGCCAUGAAUAAAGAAUGGUACCAACACAUCCUCCGAGAGCAACUUCUCCCAACCAUCCAAGAACAGUUUGGUGACGACCAAUGCCUUUUCCAGCAUGAUGGAGCACCUUUCCAUAAGGCAAACGUGAUAACUAAGUGGCUCGGGGAACAAAACAUCGACAUUUUGUGUCCUUAAUCCCAUUGAGAACUUGUGGUCGAUCCUCAAGAGGCGGGUGGACAAACAAGAACCCACAAAUUCUGACAAACUCCAAGCAUUGAUUAUGCAAGAAUGGGCUGCCAUCAAUCAGGAUGUGGCCCAGAAGUUAAUUGACAGCAUGCCAGGGUGGAUUGCGGAGGUCUUGAAAAAGAAGGGUCAACACUGCAAAUAUUGACUCUUUGCAUAAACUUAAUGUAAUUGUCAAUAAAAGCCUUUGACACUUAUGGAAUGCUUGUAAUUAUUCUUCAGUAUACCAUAGUAACAUCUGACAAAAAUAUCUCAUAACACUGAAGCAGCGGACUUUGUGAAGACCAAUACUUGUGUCAUUCUCAAAACGUUUGACCACGACUGUAGAUAAAAAGGGAAGGUCAGCUCACUGUUUAACUCAUCUCAAACUUGAUAUUUUACUAAAGCUUUGGGAAUGAAGAUUUAUUUCCAAGUGUUCUCAGGAGCCAAACCCUUUAUUGACAGUCUUGAUUAAUUUGCAAUUGCAUUGGGCAGACAAAAAAAAGCCUUUAUUGAGAGGAGGGGGAGGCUAUGCUUGUUUUUUAAUCAAAGAAUACAAAUUAAUUUCUAAAUACGAAUUAUACAGGCACCAAAAGCACAUUGGGCUACUUUUGUUCCAUACGCAUAUGAGCAGUGUGCAUCAUGGCUGGCUAGGCUGCAUUUCUGCUGUCAAGAUUCAUGCCAUAACCACCUGCGUUACCGCUAAAACCAGCUUUUGGUUGGUCUUAAAUUUCCCCAUCAGCACUGCCUGAAAUUAGCACUUUGGAUCAUGUUUUUAAGGACACACCUCAAAUAUUUCCACCCGCCCAUCUGAGAGCAAGCGAGCUGAUAUAAGACCGGUAAAUUGCCAAACCUGGCGUUAGGGCUGGAAAAUGCCAGUGCCCCGCUUUUUACAUGACGAAAUUGCAAACUAACGUGCGUUUGACACUAGCGCAAAUAGAGCCCUCUGUGUUUCUGAUUGCCCCUGUAGCUGGGUCUGUCACAACUUCUUCCGAAGCUGCCUCCUCUCCUUGUUCGGGCAGGCUUCGGCGUUUGUCGUCACCGGCCUUUUAGACACUGCCGCGCCUCAUCUCAUCAUUCCAUUUGUUUUGUCUUGUUUUUACACACACUUGGUUCAUAUCCCCUCACCAGUCCUUCUAUAAGUAUUCCCUCUGCCCCCCAUGUCUUUGUGUGUGAUUGUUUAUUGUGGAGGUGACGAUAGCUCGGUGGAGCUUUACAUAUUGUAUUCGCCGGGAUAUUCACCCGUGUGCUUUGUUUUCUCCAGUGCUCCGUUAUACUGCACUGUAGAGUUUUACGCAUUGCUGCGUACCGCUCUAUUUUCCGAAUAAACAAUUUAUUCUGUGAUUUACCCUCCUGCGCCUGAGUCCGCCCAAAUCACCCGCUACAGAAUCACGCACCCAACAGCAUGGAGUCAGCAGGAGCAGGAAAUAUGCCUGGAGUCGUUGAGCGGGUCCGGGAGCAUUCCCACAUGUUAGCCGGUUUGGAGAGGACCUGACCCUUCGGAACCAGCUGAGCGACCGGAUCCAGCCACCCACACCCCAGCGCCCAGAGGUAUUCACUUGGCUCGACCGAGGGAAUACGACGGGCAGCGGCCAGCUGCCAGGGUUUCCUCCUGCAGCUAGACCUCUAUUUUACCAACAUCAGCCCGGCUCCAUCGGAUCGGGAGAAGGUGUCCUCCCUCAUCUCCUGCCUCUCGGGGAAAGCCCUGGAGUGGGCCAACGCGGUCUGGAGUGAAGGAGGAGACGCGUUGGACAACUACGGGGAGUUCGCUUGCCUCUUCCAGGCAGUCUUCGAUCAUCCCCCUGAAGGAGGAGAGGCGGGCGAGCAUCUGGUCCAUCUGAGGCAGGGGACGAGGACCGGGCAAGACUUUGCCCUGGAGUUUAGAACUCUAGCAGCUGGGUCUGGGUGGAACGAGCGGGCCAUCAUCGACCGCUUCCGGUGCAGCAUGCGUGAGGACGUCCGAAGGGAGCUAGCCUGCCAGGAUACCACGUUGACCUUCCACCAACUGGUGGACAUGGCCAUCCGGCUGGACAACCUGCUGGCUUCUAGAGGACGUCCUGGAAGGGACGUUUCAAUACCCUUGAACCCGGACCGGGUUGCGAUGGAGCUGGGUGGUGCAGCGAUCCGGGAGAACGGAGGAUGACAGAUCCAGUGUCACUCUUGUGGCAAGAGAGGACAUUCUGCUAAACUCUGUCGUCAGAGUUCUUCUGGAUCUGGAGGUGGCAGGCAGGGCACUCUCGCGUCACCCCAGGUAGUGCAAACCCACACUCGUUCAGAGCCCUCUGCUGCGCACUUCACCAUCCACGUCAACUUCCCUGAUUACACGGUAGUUCCCCAGUGUGAGGCGAUGGUCGAUUCAGGUGCAGCUGGAAACUUUAUGGACAGGUCUUUAGCUAAUAGUCUAUUUACAUUUUACAUUUUUGUCAUUUAGCAGACACUCUUAUCCAGAGCGACUUACAGUUAGUGAGUGCAUACAUUUUUCAUAUGUUUUUCAUACACUCUCGCGACCACCCCGUUAGAAUGUAUUACAUUGGUUCCCCUAUCCAUUCCAUUGCCCAUCAAAGUACUUGACAGUCGACCAUUAGGGUCAGGUUCUGUUAGGGAGGGGACGAGUGGAAGACCGCAUUUAGCACAACCACGGGGCAUUAUGAAUACCUGGUGAUGCCGUAGGGGUUGAUGAAUGCUCCAUCAGUCUUCCUUUGUGAACGAGGUGUUUCGGGACAUGCUUGGUCGUGGUGUGGUGGUCUACAUCGAUGACAUUCUGGUGUCUGUUCUUCCAACAGUCCGUCUUCUUCUUAGGAUACCACAUCACCACCUCAGGUGUGGAGAUGGAGGGAAACAGCAUUUCAGCCUUGCGUAAUUGGCAGACUCCAACCACGGUAAAAGAGGUGCAGCGCUUCAUUAGCUUUGCCAAUUACUAUCUGAGGUUUAUCCGGGGCUUUGGCAAGGUUGCAGCUCCCAUCACCUCUCUGUUGAAGGGUGAUCGUCCCGGCUCCGCUGGUCUGCUGAGGCUGACAGGGCUGUCUGUAACCUGAGGGCUCUGUUCACCUCAGCCCCGGUACUGGCCCAUCCCGAUCCAUCAUUGCCGUUCGUAGUGGAGGCGCUGUCCUAUCCCAACGCUCGGGCACGCCACCCAAGCUCCGCCCCUGUGUCUUCUUCUCUAAGAAGCUCAGCCAGGCGGAGCUGUUGGCUGUUGGUGAUCGGGAGCUGUUGGCUGUUGUCAGAGCCCUGACCGCGUGGAGGCACUGGCUCGAGGGGCAAACACCCUUUCAUCGUCUGGACUGACCACCGUAACCUGGAGUACAUCCAGGCAGCGAGGAGGCUGAACCCUCGCCAGGCCAGGUGGGCCUUGUUCUUCACCCAGUUUGAUUUCAUGCUGUCCUACAUACCAGGCACAAAGAACGUGAAGGCAGACGCACUGUCACGGCUGUAAGACACAAAGGAGAGGCCCAUAGACAACACCCCCAUACUCCCGGCCUCCUGCAUUGUGGCGCCGGUAGUGUGGGUGGUGGAAACGGACAUAGUUACGCACAGAGCCAUCUCCACCUCAGUGCCCAGCUGGGCUGCGGUACGUGCCGUCUAUUGUCUGUGAUCGUCUUAUCUAUUGGGCACACACGUGCCCCUCCUCUGGUCACCCAGGCAUUGGCCGUACAGUGCACUGUCUGACCGGGAAGUACUGUAUGUCUCCUCCUGCCCGGUGUGCGUCCAGAGUAAGGCACCUAGGCACUUUCCAGCGUGUAAGUUACAUCCCUUACCAGUUCCACAACGGCCAUGGUCCCACUUAUCAAUUGACUUCCUAACUGAUCUUCCCCUCUCUCAGGGUAACACCACAAUCCUGGUCAUUGUGGACCGCUUUUCUAAAGCCUGCCGCCUCCUUCCUCUGCCCGGUCUCCCCACGGCCCUGCAAACUGCGGAGGCCCUGUUUACUCACGUCAUCCGGCACUACGGGGUGCCAGAGGACAUAGUGUCUGACCGGGGUCCCCAGUUUACGUUUAGGGUCUAGAAGGCAUUCAUGGAACGUCUGGGGGUCUCGGUCAGCCUGACCUCUGGGUUUCACCCCGAGUCUAAUGGGCAGGUGGAACGGGUGAAUCAGGAUGUUGGUAGGUUCCUGAGGUCCUACUGCCAGGACCGGCUGGGGGAGUGGUCGGUGUUCUUGCCAUGGGCCGAAUAUGCCCAGAACUCUCUCCGCCACUCCUCCACUAACCUAUCUCCAUUUUAAUGUUGUUUUAGGGUAUCAGCCAGUUCUGGCACCGUGGCAUCAGAGCCAGACCGAAGCUCCUGCGGUGGACGACUGUCCUUGUUCGGGCAGGCUUCGGCGUUCGGCGUCACGGCCUUCUAGCCACUGCCGCUCCUCUUCUCAUCAUUCCAUUUGUUUUGUCUUGUUUUUACACACACCUGGUUCAUAUCCCCUCAUCAGUCCUUGUAUAAGUAUUCCCUCUGCCCCACAUGUCUUUGUGAGUGAUUGUUUAUUGUGGAGGUGACGAUAGCUCGGUGGAGCUUUACGUAUUGUAAUCGCCGGGAUAUUCACCCGUGUGCUUUGUUUUCUCCAAUGCGCCGUUAUACCGCACUGUAGAGUUUUACGCAUUGCUGCGUACCGCUCUAUUUGCCGAAUAAACAAUUUAUUCUGCGAUUUACCCUCUAUCACCCUUUGUGUUCCUGAUUGUCCCUGUAGCUGGGUUGGCUAUGAUGAGCCAGAGUUUGAAGGUCACCAGUAUCUCCUGGAGGAGGGGGAGUAUCCUGACUGGAGGGAGUGGGGAGGCUAUGGAGACCAGCUCCUGUCACUACGCCCUGUCCGCACUGUAAGUACUGGAACUCUCAUCUAUUCAGAGCCAUGGUAGAAUAUAUAGAAUGUUUGUGAUGAUUGAAGUACCUAGACAAAAUAAAGUCAGUUAAUGGUAUAGCUUGUCAAGUUUGGUCUUUGUAAAUAGAGAUCAUUUGGGUGUUUUUUUUUUCACAUUCCCUGUGUUGUAGGAUUUCCUGUCUCCCCAUGUGAAGUUGUUCAGUGAGAGGGAAUUUGGGGAGAGAGGGGUCAACGUAGACCUGCUAGGGCCUGUCACUAACAUGGAGGGCACCGGCUUCGGCCCCAAGACACAGUCCAUCAAUGUCCAGGAUGGAGUGUAAGUCAACUUCCCUGACGGUCCUAUGUAGCAGGCUACUGCAUCUAUUGAAAUAACUCAGUGUGUCACAACUGCACCAGGACUUGGGCUUGCUCUGCUAUAGAUAUAUAGGUGGGCCACUUCUAUCCUCUUUCCUCUGUUUGCAAGCUUUUAAUUAACACACACACACACACAUGCACACACAGGCACAAACGCGAAAGACGGGUGUUAAUGUCACGCUUAGUAAAGUGAUACUGAAGGUUAGACAAUAGGUGGGAAAAUGAGAUCAUUCUCUAGGGCUAUAUAUUCUUAGAGAGGAGAUUAGAUUCUAAAGGCACAGUCCUGGAGUCACAAUUCAAACUGUAUAAGCUUUGUACAUGUUUCAGUAAAGAAAGGGAGUUGCCGUGUUCCAGACAUACCUGGUUCUCUGUAGCUCAAUUGGUAGAGCAUGGCGCUUGUAACGCCAGGGUAGUGGGUUCGAACCCCGGGACCACCCAUACGUAAAAAUGUAUGCACACAUGACUGUAAGUCGCUUUGGAUAAAAGCGUCUGCUAAAUGGCAUAUUAUUAUUAUACCUGAAUUUAAUCACUUAGAAGUUCAUUGGCUAUCUCUUUUAUAUAUAUAGAGUCAGUUGUCUCAGUGGUUCACAAGCUAUCACAAAAGUCUCUGUGUUAGAAUGAACAGCGUUCAUUUUUAUGUAUCUUUCCAAACUGGUUAUGUAGAGCAUACGCCUAAAGCUUAUAUAGUUCAAAAUGAACUCCACUGAAUAGGGAUAGCCUUUACAUAAUCUCUUUAUAACCUUCUACUGUUUACUGUGUAGUUUACCUGGCUAAUUGUUUUAUGGCCUUUCAAAAUGCCAGAGCUCAUUGUUUAGUUAGUGAUAAAAUGGAGUUAGAGCUAGUGAUUUUAAGUUAUAAACAUCUAAUAUUACAGGAUUGGAAACUAGAGUAAAAUUAUAAUAAUCAUAUUCAGACCUCCUGUUUAAAGUUUAUGACAUACGGGUGGGAAUGAUGCUAUUUACAACAUGUUGUAUUGUAAAAUGUUAUUAUGGAGUGUCCUAAGUAUUAAUUUACCUGUUGUGUGUGUGUGUGUGUGUGUUCUAAACAGGUGGGUUGCCUUCGAGAACCCUGGGUUCUCCGGAGAACUUUACAUUCUAGAGAAAGGCCUCUACGGAAGCCCAGAGGACUGGGGAGGACAGAACCUCCAGAUAUCCUCACUGCAGCCAGUCUUCCAGGUAAACAGAACAUAUUUACGCACAGUCCAUGGGUGGACUAGGGAAAGACUAUUGUACAAUAAUAAUCACAGUAGUACCACCUUUGUAGUAUCAUACUUGAUCAUACUUAGAGUAUACUUUCAUGACUCUGAUAAGUUAUGAGGUUAGUGAAGAAACUUUGAACUGGUUUAUCCAUAAUUCCUUUAUUAUUUUCAGGAUAUCCUGGGUGGAUCAUGCAAGUUCAAGGUAAGUUCUGAUAGCGAUAAACAAAUAAUAUUAACUAUCUUAACAUAGUCUAUAGUGUAUGAAUGUGAUUAUACCAUCAAUUUGCAUGAAGAGUAGCCUACCUGUAAUCCACUGUAGUUGUAGGUCAUGUUUAUCUCCUGUGUAUGCACCUUAGCUCCAGCUGUUCUCAGAGCCUGGGUUCCAGGGCAGAGUGGUGGUACUGGAGGACAGUGUGGUAGCCCUGGAGGAAAACUUCUUCCCUGGCUCCUGUAGAGUACUGGCUGGGAGGUGAGCACAACAUCAACUUUAAACACAGCAUGUUCAUUCUACUUGUUAUAGAGUGACAUUUAGUAUACAGAAAUGUUGGGCUUUCCUCUGGCAAAAUAUUUUAUAUCUGUUGACGAAGAAAAUGUUAAAACGUUAGUUGUAUAUUACACUCAAAGUGGACUUAGUACUGGAGAGAGCUGUAGUUGACUGUGUGCCUCUGUGCUGUGUUCCAGCUGGGUGGCGUAUGAAGGAUCCCAGUUCACAGAGCACACUUAUGUCCUGGAGGAGGGAGACUACCCCAACACUGAGUCUAUGGGCUGUCUGGGUCCUGACUCUACCAUCCGCUCCGUACAGACCAUCAGCCAUGUUGAGUACAGAGGAGAUCCUGCAGUUAUGUGUGUUGGCAUGGCAUGCAUGCGUACCGUAUUUGUAAACCUAAGUCAUGUCUGUGUGAAGUGACUGCAUAUCUUGGAGAUAUCCUGUACCUACAAUACCAUAAUGAUGUAUAGUCUCACACACUCCUUCCCCCUUGUCUCUCCAGGAGUUCUCCUUCCCGUCCAUAACGUUGUUCAGUAAGGUUGGCUGUAGAGGCCGUAGGGUGGUGCUGACUGGAGGGGUGGUGAACCUGCAGCUGGCUGGGGUGGACGGAUGCAUACGCUCCCUGGUGAUCGACGGAGGAAUGUAAGUCACACCUGAAUAGAUUUGACCGUUUUUAUUCGGCAAUAAAACAGAACAUUGUAAAGCAAGAGUUGCACCUACUAUUCAAAUUGGUUGAUGAAGCACUGUCUAAGCACCUAUUAAUCCAUCAACCAGUUUUGCUGGGUUAUUGUAAACAGAAAUGCUGUAGGAAGGUGGAUUGUUUACAUUUAAGGUGUGUUUGAGGUUUGUGUAAGUAGAGCAACUGACUGUGUGUGAUUGAUAAUUCCUGACCUACAGGUGGGUGCUGUAUGAGGGGAGUAAUCACCGCGGCCGUCAGAUCCUGCUUCCGCCCAGCAAACUGGGUGAUUGGUGCAAGUUCAGCAGCUGGCCGCGAAUCGGAUCCCUGCGACCACUAUUGCAGGUAUGGAGGCGGGACAUGCUGGCCAACAGAUUUUAUCUGGGAGUUUUCAUUCAGUAGAGUUUUCAAUACAUUUAUCUUAAGACAUCCCUUUAAAUACAGUGUAUCUUUUAGUUAGAAUUUUGUCAACAGGUUCACUACAAUAUAUCGAGAGAAUGGGUUCAAAAUAUUAGGGUCAAUGAAUGAAAGAAAGCCAUCUAAAUAUAUGCAUAUUCUGCUCCAUUUCAGCACCAAUUGUUAGAUUUAAAAUAGAUUAUUUAGGGUUAGGAACGGUGGAGGCUGCUGAGGGGAGGACGGCUCAUAAUAAUGGCUGGAACGGAGCGAAUGGAAUGGCAUCAAACACAUGGAAAUCAAGCAUUUGCUACCAUUCCAAUAUUCCGCUCCAGCCAUUACCACGAGCCUGUUCUCCCUCAUUAAAGUGCCACCAACCUCCUGUGGUUAGGAAAGCAUUUAUUCAUCAUAAAAAAACAGGUUUGGGGAGCAUUUACGCACAAAAUAAAUGUAACCCUCUCACCAGGCUCGAAUUUGACUCUCACAAUAUUACCUUAUUUAGAAUAUCUGAACAGCAUGGGAUAUUAGGUGAGAAGGACAUCUCCAAUAAGAAUCCCUAUUGUAAACUUGCUAGGGUGAAUGACAAAUAGGGUAUUAACUUCAGAUAGAAUGAUUAUAGACUUGGUUAUUAUUAUAAGGAUAUGCUUUCCCAUGCAUUAAAUGAAACUGAAACAGUAAAUGACUCCACCAAUACAACAGACAUAAGGUUCAAGAUCUAUAUUAAUCAAAUGUUCAAUGUAUCACAUCAAAAGAAAUAAAAAUAAUAAACCCCAAUGAUUUUUCCACAACCCAUGUCCAAAUUAUUUGCAAGCUUGCUUAAACCCUGGGCGCGCGUUGGAGCUCAUAAAAAAAAUUACGACAUACAUAAAGUCCCGAAGUCCACCACACAUUUGUAGCUACUCACUACUUGUAGAUAAUGCCUCAGCAAAAUAUAGUAGUUCCGUGCAGGUGUCCUCACAAGAUCCACAGCGAACACAGCUAUCAAUGCAGCCAGUACUCGGUAGCAGCAACAGACAUCCGUUGGAAACCCGAACUCGUUGAUCGUCACAAGCAAUUCUCUCCAAGUCUUGCACGAUGCUAGGCUAACCUCUAGGAUGUCGAAUGUCUCCACAAUGCGACGGCAGCUUCAGUCUCUACUAGGUCUUUCUUAACGAAAUAAUAAACACUCUCUUAUAUAAAUAAAAUCAGGAUUUCCCUUAAAAAAAACUCUGUAGGUAUGGUUUUGUUCUCUCUUUAUCGUUUCCUUUGGUCGUUUUUCCUUCACCAACCCCACUAACGUCUCUCCUCUCCCUUCUUUCAACCUUUCCCUCUCUUUUUCUAUUCCCAGCAACCAGUCCACUCUCCCAUUGGCCACAACUUAACAAGUUACCUCAUUGGUCAAAACUUUAACGAGAUACGUGGGAAACUUAAACUUAAAAGUAAACCAACCUAUUCACUUGUACAUUUUUUAUAAACAUUGCUUCAAAAGAAAUGCAUUAAUGACAUUACAAAUCAGGAGCUAUUCGAUCACCUUUUAAAUCUAAUACCAAUGAAUUAUAACAAAUAAACUCUAUACUUGGUUUUAGCAAGGUAUUACAUAAAAAAACAUUGUUCUUCAACCUAUGGUAAUGUUGGAAGACUAGCGUACAUAUAAUUAUAAUAGGGAGAAUAGUGUACAAUAGUAGGCUAUACCAUGGAACUGUGUGACGACACGGCCAAGUAUUGCGCAACGUGUUGGGUUCAAACUGUUACGGCUUGGUCUGCGCUCUGCUCCAUAAUGAUUUGAUUAGCCUACAUGUCUUUUUUAUAUAUUAUCAACUGUUACUAAUGAUCCUCAGAGGAAGCAAAUUAAAGUAAACUAAAUUAUGUAAUUAAAUGUAAUGAUAAUAUAUACCAACUGAAGGGAACUAACGGUAAAUUGGCAGUUUAAUAUUUGUGGUUAUUAAGCCUACUGACAGUCGAUACUGAUAGUGGCUAAUAUUUAACAUGAUAGAAAUAGGAGAGUGCUCAUCCCUGCCAGUUAAAAGGCCGUACAAUUUACAUUCUGCAUAAUGGCACAUCAAUUCAUAAGCUUUACUGUGGGAAAGUUGUAUGCUUCAGAUUGCUGCCAUAUGACUAGUUUCACGUGUCUCCAGCGAUUAUAAGGUCAAAUAGAUCUAAAACAAGUGUCAUUCAUAUUUAAAAUUCCCUUAUCCAAACGGAUUAAUCAUAUACCUAGCUCUUAUCAAUAGCUCUUAUCAAGUUGUAAAUUACAGUGAAUGGAGUGUUAUUUCUAUCGGAAAAAAUAAAAUGAAUGAUUUUUCCACUUGCAACCAGUAGGUUCGCUUGACCUUAUUCAUGGUUUCCUUUACACGUACAGUUGAAGUUGGAAGUUUACAUACACUUAGGUAGGAGUCAUUAAAACUUGGGUUUCAACCACUCCACAAAUGUCUUGUUAGCAAACUAUAGUUUUGGCAAGACGGUUAGGACAUCUACUUUGUGCAUAACACAAGUAAUUUUUUAAACAAUUGUUUACAGACAGAUUAUUUCACUUAUAAUUCACUGUAUCACAAUUCCAGUGGGUCAGAAGUUUACAUACACUAAGUUGACUGUGCCUUUAAACAGCUUGGAAAAUUCCAGAAAAUUAUGUCAUGGCUUUAGAAGCUUCUGAUAGGCUAAUUGACAUAAUUUGAGUCAAUUGGAGGUGUACCUGUGAAUGUAUUUCAAGGCCUACCUUCAAACUCAGUGCCUCUUGCUUGACAUCAUGGGAAAAUCAAAGGAAAUCAGCCAAGAUCUCAGAAAAAAAAAUUGUAGACCUCCACAAGUGUGGUUCAUCCUUGGGAGCAAUUUCCAAACGCCUGAAGGUACCACGUUCAUCUGUACAAACAAUAGUACGUAGGUAUAAACACCAUGGGACCACGCAGCCGUCAUACCGCUCAGGAAGGAGAUGCGUUCUGUCUCCUAGAGAUGAACGUACUUUGGUGCGAAAAGUGCAAAUCAAUCCCAGAGCAACAGCAAAGGACCUUGUGAAGAUGCUGGAGGAAACAGGUACAAAAGUAUCUAUAUCCACAGUAAAACGAGUCCUAUAUUGACAUAACGUGAAAGGCCGCUCAGCAAGGAAGAAGCCACUGCUCCAAAACCGCCAUAAAAAAGCCAGACUACGGUUUGUAACUGCACAUGGGGACAAAGAUCAUACUUUUUUGAGAAAUGUCCUCUGGUCUGAUGAAACAAAAAUAGAACUGUUUGGCCAUAAUGACCAUCGUUAUGUUUGGAGGAAAAGGGGGUUUCUUGCAAGCCAAAUAACACCAUCCCAACCGUGAAGCACAGGGGUGGCAGCAUCAUGCUGUGGGGGUGCUUUGCUGCAGGAUGGACUGGUGCACUUCACAAAAUAGAUGGCAUCAUGAGGAAGGAAAAUUAUGUGGAUAUAUUGAAGCAACAUCUCAAGACAUCAGUCUGGAAGUUAAAGCUUGGUCGCAAAUGGGUCUUCCAAAUGGACAAUGACCCCAAGCAUACUUCCAAAGUUGUGGUAAAAUGGCUUAAGGACAACAAAGUCAAGGUAUUGGCCAUCACAAAGCCCUGACCUCAAUCCUAUAGUAAAUUUGUGGGCAGAACUGAAAAAGUGUGUGUGAGCAAGGAGGCCUACAAACCUGACUCAGUUACACCAGCUCUGUCAGGAGGAAUGGACCAAAAUUCAUCCAACUUAUUGUGGGAAGCUUGUGGAAGGCUACCCGAAACGUUUGACCCAAGUUAAACAAUUUAAAGGCAAUGCUACCGAAUACUAAUUGAGUGUAUGUAAACUUCUGACCCAGUGGGAAUGUGAUGAAAUAAAUAAAAGCUGAAAUAAAUCAUUCUCUCUACUGUUAUUCUGACAUUUCACAUUCUUAAAAUAAAGUGGUGAUCCUAACUGACCUGAGACAGGGAAUGUUUACUGGGAUUAAAUGUCAGGAAUUGUUAAAAACUGAGUUUAAAUCUAUUUGGCUAAGGUGUAUGUAAACUUCAGACUUCAACUGUAAAGGUGGUGGAUUUGUUAGGGAAUUAAGUCAAUGUCAGAAUACUGCGUAUCUGUUGAUACACCUCCGCCACGCCUUCAUUUAUUUGAUCUCCACCCUGGACGAAUAGCGGAUGAAUAGCAUGCUAUUCUCAUGCUUAAGUUCAAGGUCAGAAUACGCAUAUGGAGAAAAGUGCAUAAAAAAGGAAUUGCAUUCCAUUUACGCUCACUUUACUCAGGUCAGAAAAAGCCCCCAUAUCGGACACAUACAAAAUAGCCUAAUCUUCAUGACUAAUGUUCAAAUUUAGACAUCAGUGGACUGCAUCCUAACAUCUGUGUGUACAACUCAACUUCUGCACAAAUCUCAUUCAGUCAUCAAUGCAAGUUAUUUUCUUGGGGGGGGGGGAAAUGAUAUGCAGGCACAGCAAGUUACUAUUUGGCCUUAUGACUCAUAAUGACCACUUUUGGGUGAGAAUAACUUAUCUAGCCUAGUCUAGACAAGAUCAUAUUAUCCGUGUUGUUGCCCUCUACAGAAGCAGGUGUACUUCCGUCUGCGGAGCAGAGAGACAGGCUACGUGAUGUCCCUGUCAGGGCCUCUGGAUGACAUCAAGCUGCUGCGGGUCCAGGCCCUGGAGGAGACUGGGGGAGUGGACCAGGUCUGGAUCUACCAUGAUGGAGUCCUACACUGCAAGGUACUGCAUGGGCUCAAGAUUUUGCACUAGAUCAUCAUUUCCACUCAUUAACUCCACAGACAUCCUUAUUCAUUCCAUCAUCACCACCUUCAAGCGUUCCAGAACUGGCUUCCUCAUUAUUUCAACAUAGUUUCAUGUCACGUGUUGAGCAUAUCCCAGUACAAUUGUCGUUUGUCUCACAUAUAACAUUUCAAUUAUCUGUACCAUGCUUAUAGGUUUGUAUUCAAUACAGAAUCCACCAACAUCUGAACACCUAUUCCCUGUCUCUACAGCUGGUGGAGGACUGUUGCCUGCAGAUCACGGGGAGCGUUGUCAUGGCGGGCAGCAGGCUGUGUGUGUCUCCUCCAGAGCCAGGGAAAGACAACCAGCUGUGGAACAUUACCCCAGAUGGCCUGGUCCGAUGCCACCUCAAACCUGAUCUGGUGCUGGAGGUUAAAGGUCAGAUCAGCUCUCCUGCUCUCGCUCUCUCAGCUAGCAUCUAUACUGAACAAAAAUAUGAAUGCAACAUGCAACAAUUUCAAUGAUUUUACUGAGCUACAGAUCAUAUAAGGCAAUCAGUCAAUAGAAAUAAAUUCAUUAGGCCCAAAUGUAUGGAAUCCACAUGACUGGGCAGGGGCGCAGCCAUGGGUGGGCCUGGGAGGGCAUAGGUCUACCCACUUGGGAGCCAGGCCCAGCCAAUCAGAAUGAGUCCCCACAAAAGGGCUUUAUUACAGACAGAAAUACUCCUCAGUUUCGUCAGCUGUCCGGGUGGCUGGUCUUUCACGAUCCCACAGGUAAAGAAGCUGGAUGUGGAGGUCCUGGGCUGGGGUGGUUACACGUGGUCUGCGGUUGUGAGGCCGGUUGGAUGUACUGCCAAAUUCUCUAAAACGACAUUGGAGGCGGGUUAUGGUAGAGAAAUUAACAUUCAAUUAUAUGGCAACAGCUCUGGUGGACAUUCCUGCAGUCAGCAUGCCAAUUGCAUGCUCCCUCAAAACUUGAGACAUCUGUGGCAUUGUCUUGAGUGAAAAAACUGCUCAUUUUAGAGUGGCCUUUUAUUGUCCCCAGCACAAGGUGCACCUGUGUAAUGAUCAUGCCAUUUAAUCAGCUUCUUGAUAUGCCACAACUGUCAGGUGGAUGGAUUAUCUUGGCAAAGGAGAAAUUCUCACUAACAGGGAUGUAAACAAAUUUGUGCACAACAUUUGAGAGAAAUACGUUUUUUUGCGUAUGGAAAAUGUCUGGGAUCUUUUAGUGGGACCAACACUUUACAUGUUGCGUUUAUAUUUUUGAUCAGCAUACCAGCAUACCAGCUCCCGAGUGGCGCAGUGGUCUAAGGCACUGCAUCUCAGUGCUUGAGGCGUCACUACAGACCCCCUGGUUCGAUUCCAGGUUGUAUCAUAACCGGCCGUGAUUGGGAGUCCCAUAGGGCGGCGCACAAUUGGCCCAGCGUCGUCCGGGUUUGGCCGGUGUAGGCCGUCAUUGUAAAUAAGAAUUUAUUCUUAACUGAUUUGCCUAGUUAAAUAAAGGUAAAAUAAAAUAAAAAAGAGUAUAGGAGCUCUGACGUUCAGCUCAGUCCCUGUUAUCUGGCUCCAUCUGGUGGUAGGUUUAGGAAGUGUUUAGUUAGUUAUUUGCAUUACCCAUCUGUUGCCGUGCCAUUGAAUAGAUAGCCUACACUAAACUGUAUAAUGUCUUCUACUCACAGGUGGACAAAGUUAUGACAAAACUCAAGUGAUUCUCAACACAUUUGAUGAGAGAAAACACAACCAAAGAUGGUCUUUGGAGAUCCUGUAAUAUAGUGUCAAUAGGCCCUUCAACAGCAACUCUGACUUGGGCUUCAGAACUUCUGGUGCAGUUCUGCUGUGGGCCUCAGAUUCCUCUGGUGCAGCUAAGCCAAGGGUGUUAGACCUUUCUUGCAUCAUAAAGCCAUGGGACUCAGAGCUCUGUGAUGCAGCUCCACCGUGGGACCCAUACUCUUAUUUCUUUAUGAAGUUCCUCAAUGGGCCUUAAUGCUCUGUGAUUCUAGUCUGCAGUGGGCCUCGAGAUAUUCUGCAAAAUGUGUUGAGCUUGUGCGCAUCCAUAUUAGACUGUCUUUGUGAAACACAUCUAUAAACUAGUAACCUACACAUUUCCAAGUCACUGCAAAGAGAAAGAAACCAAACAACAUGCGGCUACAGAACUAUCUAUAGAGCAAGGGCGGCAGGUAGCCUAGCAGCUAAGAGCAUUGGGCCAUUAACUGAAAGGUUGCUGGUUCGAAUACCCGAGCCGACUAGGUGAAAAAUGUCGAUGUGCCCUUGAGCAAGGCACUUAAACCUAAUUGCACCUGUAAGUUGCUCCAGAUAAGAGCAUCUGAUAAAUGACUAAAAUGGAAUACGUUUGUGUCUCUACUAUAUUCAUAGCCUUUACAAUUAGUUAAGUGUGCUUCACCAGUCAAUUACUGAAAUGUAUAUUUUUUCACACAAGGGUUAUUCUAUGAAGUCACACAUUCUUAAUGUCAUAGAUGAACACUCCUUGAAUUCUCGAAAUUAUACGUUUUGUGUAGAUAUGUUGUUAACACUUUACACCCAGCAUCAUAACACGUUAUGACACGGUCAUAACCAUGUCAUAAUAUGUUAUAACACCUACAUAAGAGUGUCAAAACCCAUAAAACCUACCAUGGUAGUUAUUUUAUGGCUGGUUAUGACACCUAUAUAAGAGUGUGAAAUACCACAAAACCUACCACACAAGACAAAACAUUCCAUUACACCAUAGCCUACUUGUCAACAGUUUAAUUGACCAUAUUAAAUUAUCAUUGUAAUUGCACACACAUUUAUGUCAGACAUGCAGCUACCCCAAUGCUCUGUUUCUGAUGACUGGGAUGAAUGCAGGAGCAGAUUUCAGGAGCAGGACAAGACACCCUCUUUGUGACUGAUGACUGACAUAAGGGCAUGUACGUGAUAGGCCUAUCUGGCUUAUAUGAUUAUGAUGGUAAUAAUGCUUCUUAACAGUGUCAUAAAGUGUAUUUUCUUAGUCCAAGUAAAGUGACACAGGAUGGUCAAAAUGCUUUAUAACAGUGUCAUGAAGUUUAUUUUCUACAAGUUAUUUCAAAUAAGAUUUUUUUUAAAUGACUGCAAAGUAUUCAUUACAACAACAAAGGACUUAAGAAACAAACUUUCAAACGAAAGGAAACUGUGGGUUUUGACACUCUUAUGUAGGUGUCAUAACCAGCCAAAAAAUAAUGCAAUAUGUUAUGACCAUAUUAUGUUAUGUCAGUUAUGAUAUAUAUAUUAUGACAUGGUUAUGACAGUGGCAUAACGUGUUAUGACGCUAGGUGUCAAGUAAAGUCAAGUAAAGUGUUACCGAUAUGUUUUUUAAUGUUUCAUAAGUACUUUUCUUGUCUGUAUGUAUUUAUACUUUACUACACACAUCACUGCACAGAACAUUAGCUGCAGCAGGUAUAUAUGUCAUAUGUCAAAUGAUUAAAGAUCCAUUUCAACACUGUGCUGCAAUAUCGUGCUAACCACUGUCUUAAAUGUAAUGUCAACAAAAUGCUGUUACGAUCUAUAAAAAAUAAAUGUUUUUUCUUUUCUUGAUUUGUGGUAUGUUGUUGAGGCAUCUCAAUGACACUUCCAAAGUCGAGGACUUGAAUUAUCUUCAACUUCCUUAACACAUCAAAUACAACAGCUCUAUACUCAGACAGAUACACACUCAUAACCUUAGCACAGACAAUCCUAAAUGCAGUCAUCAAAAUUAUCUGACUGAAACACACCCAGCAUUUCCAUAUCAGGCCACGCUCUAUGCCCACAAGUCUGGUUGUCUCUCAGAAAUGCCUCAAGAUGGAGGCCUAAGGAAAACCUUCGCAUUUGUAGGAGUGGCAUUGGUAGGUGUUUUUCCCCUGCGUUUUUAGGAAACACUUAGCGGCAGUGGAGUCGUCCAGUGGUUCGUCGGAUGAGUCCUCUCCGCUGCUGAUUUUGACCACAGUUUUCCUCUGAGCGUGAUCCUUCUCUUUCUUCAGCAUGGCCUGAGGCACCUGGGAGAAGGUAAACUCCUCCUCCACCAGGAACAGGAAGUCACACGGAGUAAAAAAAACCGAACCUGACUUUAGAGCUCUGUGAAGGGUCAACGGUCGGGAUUAAUCAAAGGCUUGUUGUCAAUAAGCGCAUUGCACUUGACUUUUAAAGAUAAUUUAUGCUUGAGCCGACAUCCUCAGCAUGCAAAUGUUGGGGAGAUUGUCUUUUAAAGGCAAAAUUGUCUGUAGUGUAGUGCGCAGGGCUGCAACACACCGUUGAAUGAAUCCAGGCCAUCUUCCAAAAAAUUAAUGAAUAAUAGAUAAUAGAAAAAGAUGAGGUGAGAUAUGGUGUUUAUCUGUCAACACAGUAGCAUACAUUGAUAAAUGGCUGUGGUGAUGAUUAGACCAGCACACCGGUUUCUAGUUCCUCUUCUACACAGAAUGACCUGAUGUGUACCUCGUUGUGGAUUGGAGAAACUGGAUGUUCUGACAUCCUUCGCAGACCGCAACCUAUGAUGCACACCAACACCGUACACAACAACACCCUGGUCAGCCUCACCUGA